AAGAUUUCUUGGCUCCUUUUCUCUCUGUGUUUUCCCCACCCCUAAAAGACUGACUCCAAACUCAGAGUUCCGCCACGCUCGACAGAAGGGUUUACCGCGUGAGCGGCGCAACAGGGAGAGGCUCAGGCGGCGGCAACUGCUGAUUGGCAGCAAAGGGGUUCACUCCCUAUCGCCUGCUCGAACUGAACCAGCCUAGCCAAUCAGAGCGAGAACUGACAAAAACGACCCAAUCCUGGAGCUGGGCUGAGGGAGGGGGCGGGAACAAGUGGCCCAGGUGGACUUGGGACCUCCUGGGAAGCUGAUUUGCGGAUGCUUCUGACUCUGCUGCAGUAGUACUGGGUCGUCAGGCAGAGCGCCCUCUCUUUGAGGGGAGUCAUGAGCCGCUUCCUGAAUGUGCUACGAAGCUGGCUGGUUAUGGUGUCCAUCAUAGCCAUGGGGAACACGCUCCAGAGCUUCCGAGACCACACUUUUCUCUAUGAAAAGCUCUACACUGGCAAACCAAACCUUGUGAAUGGUCUCCAAGCCCGGACCUUUGGGAUCUGGACGCUGCUCUCUUCAGUGAUUCGCUGCCUCUGUGCCAUUGACAUCCACAACAAAACACUCUAUCACAUCACGCUGUGGACAUUCCUCCUUGCCCUGGGACACUUCCUCUCGGAGUUGUUUGUAUUUGGAACAGCAGCUCCCACAGUUGGUGUGCUGGCACCCUUGAUGGUAGCAAGUUUCUCAAUCCUGGGUAUGCUAGUUGGGCUCCGGUACCUAGAAGCAGAGCCAGUAUCCAGACAGAAGAAAAGAAAUUGAGGCCAACCUUGCCAGCUCUGAAACAUCAUGGUCUUCUACCUUCGCUGUCUUUAUUCACCCUCUGUCCUUAAAUCAUUUCCUUUGGGCUGCAUCCUUAGCUCCUUCUCUAGGUUCAGCAUCUUAAGCAUUUGAGAGGGUUUUUGUUUUUUGAUUUUGGGGUUUUUUUUAUGUUUUUAAUUUUUUUUAAGGUAUUAAUAAGAAAUUACAUAACAUGUAUGUAUAAUUUAGAGUCCUUUCAAAAAUACUCUGUUAGACCUUCAAAGUCAAGGAAUUUUGAGAAGCUCCCUAAUGUGUCCUCCCCCUAGCUGUAACCCCUCCAGGCUCCAUUUUCCGUUCUUUUUGCUUUUUGUGUGUUUGUUUGUUUGUUUCUCUGCAUUCCUUGAUUUGACUUGUGUGGUGGGAGCAGAACCGUGAAACUGCAGCUGCUGCCUGCCCAGAGCAGCUGCAAGCAAGGGCUGCUUCAUGGGGCUAAGCACACAUCUGGGCUCCUUUCUACGCUGGACCCAAGACUCGGAACCAGCCAAGGCACAGGCAGUUCUUCUGAGAAGGGCUGCCCUCGAGCAGGACCAGGCUCCUCUUAUCUACAAGUGGAUGAAGGUUGGAAGAGUCUGGGCUGUUUUUAGACAUUUUGGUCAGUUGUAUUUGUGUAAUGCAUUUUGUAAUAAAUAGGGAAACCUUCUAUUCUGA